CGUUGCUUCUCUAAAUCAACAAAGCUAUCGAUUUCUUUGGACAUCUAGAAUCAACACGUGAACCUGUAGAAUUGUUUCAAUUAAAAAAUUACGAUUUCCUCCAAUAUUGAUUGUGCACUCUGCAAUUCGAGUCCUCAAAUUGACAAUUGUCAAUGUUUACGAAGUGUUACUAUCGUCACGAAUUUUCGUUGUCCUAAUAAUAUGAGAUUAUUAAACCACGAACGGAAUCGAAAAUAUUAAUUAAUGGAGCAAUGGCAUUUUCAUCCACCGAUAAAAUUCAAGACUUCUACGUGUCUAACGUGAUAAUCCCAGUGAUCGUUUUCGUACUGAUCAUGGUUAUUUUGAUCUUGUUCAAGAGCAUCAUCUGGGCGAUCAUCGUAUGCUGCAUUUAUGUAAUAAGCAGUUUUUACGGACUCGUAAUAUUACGAUACAUCAGCGUAGCACUUGUCAAUUUGAAUGUGAUAUGCAAUACUCCUUAUCCAGUCUACGAAACGAAAGAUCCAUGCAGUGUCUGCAGUAACAACAGCUGCAAGAGGCACAAAUUGCUCCCGCACUCGACGAAAGUCAAAGUACCGAAGGAUUUCGACCAUGCAUUGGAACAGUUUCUCGAGGAUCUGUUACAGAAGUAUGUCUGUGCAUGGUACUCAGACUUUUCCACGAACGAAGGGUUCGUGCAACAACUCCGUCUGGCCACAGCGACUGCGGCUAAAAACAUUGCGCUUCGACUAUUACGUACAGAUGUAUCGAACGUUAUAUUUUAUCGUCUGAUACCGCUGCUUCUGCAGCAUGCACAGGAUUGGAAAAUGUUACACUCGAAGAUCAAAGACGUCAGCGAUGUUGACAAUUUCGGUAGUCAGCUGCUAGACUACCUCGGGAGAGAAAUUCAUCCCGCGAGUUACUCGCGUCAAGCAGAGCUAAACUACCUCCGAGGAGUAGUGACGGCGAUCGUGCCUCACCUAUUGCCUGCUAUACACGUUUCUAUCAAUAAUAGAGUGAUACUUCGAGAAAUUUUGGCAAACUGGAUCUUGCUACCGGCAGUAGACGCGAUCGCUGAUCCAGACAAUAUAAAUACGUUGGUCGUCUUAUCGACUCAUCGCGACGGUUCUGCCUCUAAUCAAAUGGCUACUGUAAACGUGCCAAUGUUGCAAAGCUGGGUGUCGGUUCCCUUGCCGCCAAAGACUAUUGAAAGUAAUUUGAAACCUUCGUUGGACGAGAUUCUAAACGACCCUAGACUGCUAUACAUGUUCAUGCAACAUAUCAAAGAGACUGGCCCCAUGAAUCUGUUUCAAUUCUGCUUAGACAUUGAUGAUCUAAGCAAGCGCAUGCUGAACCCGGAAAUGAGUUCGAACGCAGAAAGCAGUUUGUACACGGACAUCCAAAACAUGUACGCGACGUAUCUGGACCCCGAGGGUCCAGAGUAUUUGCACUUACCAGAAGAUAUAUCGAUGGGUAUACGACGAAUUCUCGAGAGGGGUUCAAAGAAGAUACAGGAGUUAAGGACCUCGCGACCAUUCUAUCAGGCGCAUCAGGAAGCUCAUGCCCUCUUAGAAUCCACUUGCUUACCAUCCUUUCAUCACAGUUAUCAACUUUACGACUUGUUCUGCGGACAACCAGCUCCGACAAAGACAAAGCAAUCUCCUCAUACGACAAAUUCUACGAACGCCUCAAAGAUGGGUAAUCACUUUCCGAGGAUAGACGGUGUCUUAAGGACUCCCGCGAUCGACGGAAUGACUUAUCAAGAUAUUUAUCAAUGCCAGGAGAUCGAUUACCCUUCUCGUCCUUACAACGAGAUCAAGUACAGUGAAGACAAUUUCCGCAGAGAUCUCACCACGUGGCGAGUAAGCAUCCCGCAUAUCGAGAACACCGACAAUCACAUUCUCUACGUGAUCGUAGUGCACAACAUAGCCGAGGAUAAAUCCUGGUCAGUUCUACGCCGGGAUCAAGACUUUUACGUUCUCCGAACGCGGCUAGCAGAGUUUCACGGAGACAAAGAGUUGAGCGACUCGCCGUUGCCUUCGAGAAAGAAUCCGCACACGUCUUGCGCGAUCAAUAGGCAACGAUACGAAGACUUUCUGGAGAAACUUUUAUCGAAACCAGUGCUCAGAAGCAGUGAAUCGCUUUACGAUUUUCUCACGGUGCCGAAUCUGAAGCCGUACUUUAGUAAUUACAGCACGCCAGACAUCGGCAUAUUGUAUCAAAGCAUGGCGUACAGAUUGAGAAAGGAGAAGGGUCAGAAUCUAGACAAGUUCCUGGCCGUGUUUCUGGCAUCUACGAAUAACAAGAACGAUUACACGGACGUUGGGAUCGAACCAUCGGGAGAAACGAUGAUGAAUGAGGAGAAGAAAGGCCGCGAUCUCUUAGUCGGUGUCUUCGGAGAUAAUCUUCAUUUGCAUGUUAACUCUCGAAAUUUGCCAUCUUCCUCGUUGGAGCGGUCUCACAUUAAGGGCGCCUCCUUUUGCAUCGCGGACGCUGUGGAGAGAUUACUGAACGUGCGUCCGGUGAUUGCAAGAACUUUGUGGAUGCUGGCAUCUUCGUCCCGGGCGAAGGUGGAUCCGUACGUGAAUAUAGUCCUUUAUAAUACUCUGGUGAAGUUAUUGAGUGGUGGUCGCGCAGCCACAGUGGUAAAACUCUUACACGCAAAAGUGUUGGGUGAUAAGAAUCGAACGAAGGAGACAAUCGCGACCCGUCGAUGUUAUUACGAGGCAGCGAGAAAAGGCCUGCACGGUCUAUUGCCUUAUUGGCUUAUAGGUUUUUACAAACCGUGGAUAGAAUUGAUGGACUUGCUUUUAGAUUCUUUACAAAAUGCACCGCUCAACAAGCAUUUAGCGUACGUUCUCUUGGAUCAGAUUAUAAUAAGUCUGUUCCCAGAGAUUACUGUUUAACUUGUACAGAAAUAUAUUGUAAAUUAAGUACAACAGCAGAAGAACAGACAAAGAAGGAAGAGUCUUUGGGAAUUUACUCUGAUAUUUAUAAACGACAUUCAUUGUUUCGUACAAAAUGUGAUAUUCGAUACGUAAAAAAUAUGAAGUUUUCAUUUGUAUUACGUUUAAUGCAUUACUUACGAUUGUAAAUAUCCCCUGUAAAAAAAUAAAGUACAUUCCAUCAUGAUUCA